CGCAGCGACCAAGCGCCCGCCCUCCUGAGUAUCGCCGCCCGCGCUUGCAUGAUGUGGGUGAGGCGCCCGAUGGGCGGCCCCUUGUGGCGCGGUGGGCGUGCCGGCGAGAGGAAGGUCGCGUGAUGGCAACGCCCCAGAGCCGAGUGUCUCACGCCCCAAGCACCGAGAACCUGCUGGCUCCGCCCACGGCCGAGACGCCCCUCUGCGCCAUGCCCCGCCCACUGAUCACGAUGGGCGAGAGCGCCGACAGCGGCGACAGCGUGACGGCGUCGCUCUUCCCCUCCAGCGCCGCCGUCGUUGGCCAGCGCUGCCCCCCCGAAGGGCAGCACGACGCGGGCGCCACGCGCUCCGUCCCCGACAUCGAGCUGCACGCCCGCGAGGUGAGCACGCGGCCCGAGUACCGCGGGUACCGCCUGCUGGCGCCGCAGGUGCGGUGCUCGUGCUCGCACCUGCCGCGGGCGCCGUCCCGCGAGAGCGUGCGCUCCGUGCAGGGCGGCAGCGAGGUGGUGGUGGUGGCGCCCACCUCGUACCGCGACCGCAUCAUCCGCCAGCACUCGCAGCCCGAGACCUGCCUGCACUGCCACCACCCGAAGCCCUCCGCCUCGCUGCGCCACCUGCCGCGCCUCGACUCCUGCUCCGCCACCACGCACGCCGCCGAGGGCAUCGCCACCAUCGCCGCCGACACGCUGCGCAUCAACGGCGCGCUCAGCUCGUUCAAACAGGUGGGUGGCCGCCUGGCCUCGGCUUCGGCCCAGUUGUAG